UGUUAUUUCGGCUUAAAAGCUGAAGCCACCCUACCCACUGAUCUUGCACACUCACAUCGCAAUCGAGAACUCUGUAGAGUCGCCGGUGACAUGCUAGACAAGUAGCCGACGUCGAGCCCAACUACAGGGAAGAACCCUUCGCCGACGCCAGAUCUUGAUCUGUUUGGGAUCUAGAAGUUGACAGAUCGCAGCUUUUGUUUGGAUCUUUCUAAAAUCUACAUCUCAGACUACCUGAUUCUGAUCGUGAUGUUCUAGUUUGGUUAGAGCUUCACAAGUGGAGAGCCCCUCUGCAGUCCUCUAGAGGAAAAUUAUCUCCAAUGUAAGCCUGGUUGAAAGAUGAAUGGUUUGGAGAUAAAAAAAGCUUAGGACAAAAGUGUUAUAACCAACAUGUAAAGGAAACAAGUUCAAUAUGUUUGACGUGAGCAUUGGUGUGGUUAGAACAAAGCUGCUCACUGAUAAAACGCAGGGAGAAGUAUCAGGUUAUCCAGUUCGCAAGGACCAGCCUGAUUUUGUGAAGAAAGCAAUUAAUAUAAUUGGUUCCCAGUUAUGGAAGAGAGCUGGGAGGAGGUUGGGUGAAACUUCGAUGAAGAUGCUAAUAGCACAGGAAAUGUCAACUGCAAUAGAGUUGAAAGAGAAACCGCCCAGUAUUGUUGCAAAAUUAAUGGGCCUGAAUUCAUUGCCAGUCCAGCAAAAAAUUCCAGCUUGCAGAAGGAAUUUGCAAGAGACUGAUUCUCACCACCGGAAGCAGCAAGAAAGCAACUUUAAUCAGAUGAAGAACAGGAGUGACUUGCACAUCCAUGAAAAGAAGUAUAAAGAUGUGUAUGAAGUUAAGAACCAACUUUCAAGCAAUGAUCAAAUGGGUAAUGAAAAUCUUCAUCAUAGAGACUAUCAUGGAAACUUGACAGAGAAGAGGAUGGCUCUUGUUCACCAGAAGUUUAUUGAAGCAAAGCGCCUAGCUACUAAUGAAAGACUUCUCCAGUCAAAAGAGUUCAAAGAUGCUCUUGAUGUGCUAAAUUCAAAUAAAGAUUUGUUUCUCAAAUUGUUAGAAGACCCAAAUUCUCUAUUCUCUAAUCAACUGAAGGACCUCCAUCAAACUACUUCUUUGGGGACCCAGACCAAGUGCAUAACUGUACUGAAACCAACAACAUCAAUUGAUGUAGAUCAUGAGAAAUGUGCAAGGAAGAACCGAUGUACAGGCAGUGAAGAGAUUAGGGACAUUGCUGGACAUGACUUGAGCUCUUGUUUUUUUCUUCCGAAGGCUGAAGCUGUAUCUCCACCCACCAGAAUUGUGGUUCUGAAGGCUAUCUCUGCAAUGCCUCAUGAAGGACAGACCAAUCUGGUUUCUCAUAUUUCAUUACCAGUUCGAGGAAGUAGAAACAUAAACGGAAAUUUGAGAAUUGACGAAGAUAUAAGAUCAAGUGAAGCAGCUAAUAAAAUUAUUCAUAAAAUUCCAAAAGAUUCAAAAAGAACACAGAAGGAUGAAUACCGAAGAGCUUCAGUUCUAUCCAAUGGAUAUGUUGCUGAUGAGAGUUCACCUAGUAGGUCUGAAACUGAUUACAGAGAAGGGGGCAGUGACUGCAGUGACUCUGAGUUGGUGACUCCAACCUCUCAGAAUUCGUGGGUACAUAUGAGAUCUGAUAGUCCAGGGUCCCUGUCAUCCUUCAGCCAUGCAUCCUACUCGCUCGAGUCAUCAGUGGGCAGGGAAGCCAAGAAACGGCUUUCAGAAAGAUGGGAAUCAGUAACAUCAAAUGAUAGUAACCAUGAACAAGAAAAUUUUAGAAAUAACUCAAGUACGUUGGGUGAGAUGCUUUCCAUUCCUGAGUUAAAGAAAGAAGAAGAGGGGACUGAUAACCUGGCCAUUUCGCCAUUGGGUUCCUGUGGUCAAAAACAGGACGUAAGCAUGGCGCAGGAAUCUAUUGAGCAUUCUCCUAAGAAUUUUAAGAGUUCAGGGUCCCUUCCAGCUUCUCCAUUCCAUGAAAGCAUUAGGGAGAAUGAAAAAAAUUCUCUCUCACUGUCUAGGAAAUCUUUUCUUCUUAAAAAGACUCCAGAAAUGAAAAAUGAAAGAUCAACUUUUAAGGAGAAAGUUUCAGGUUUAUUCUUUUCCGGGAUGAAGAAAUUGGUGAGGGUCAAACCUAACCUUUCCACUUCAAGUCCUGAUGGCAGACUCCACUCAGCCAGUUCUUCAAGUAUAAAAAAUGGCCAACCAGAACCUUCCCUUGAUAGGAUAUCUGAUGAACACGCUUCAAAAACUUCGGAGGACAAAUUUGCCAAGUUUUUAUCUCCUAUUUCUGUCAGUGAUGCAGAAAAACAUGGGAAUGCCUCCCUUAAGGGCAAUCGCUCAGUGGAGAAACUCUGGAAAUCUGAUGUCUCCAGAGAGAACUCCAACCUUCCUAGUCACUUUUCAGUGUCAGAAAGACCAUUUCAAGAAGAUUUUUUCAGUAAUGCCUCCCAUUCUUCUCAACGUGCCAUUACUGGCAAUCCACAAGCACUCUCCAGAUCCCCCCUUAUCAGUUCAGUUAGCCGCUCCUCAACUUUGGAAAAUACACACUUUGAAAAUUCACUAUCAAACUCCUUGAAGCUUUUUAGGCUUUUCUCCAAAGAAGAUGAGGAGCAUGAACGCCUUGAUUUCAUCUCAAAGCUUCUUUCUUCUUCAAACAUUGCUAAUGAAAGGUCCAGUGCUUUAUUAGCCAAAUCUUACUCUCUCGAUAGUCCAUUAGAUCCAGUUAUGUUGGAUGAGUUCUUGGACCGGAAAGGUGAAGAAGCCAAAUGCCGGGAGAGACGAUCAAACCAGAGGCUGUAUUUUGAUUGUGUCAAUGGUGCCCUUAAAGACAUUUGUUGCUGUGCUUUAGUAAAUGCAUAUCCAUGGUCCACAACAGCUACCAGGACUCAAAAUCAUGCUAAAACUAAUCAAACAGUGACAGAUGAAGUUUGGUGCCGUUUAAAGGUUUGCUUUUCUGAGGAAGAAAAUUGUAAUCCAAGCAAGGCUGAAAACAGUAAACAAUAUUUAGAUUAUUUGGUGAAGAAAGAGGUAGCUGGAAGUGGACUGGCUGAAUCAAUGUGGCUGGAAAUGGAUGAAUUGAGUAAAGAGAUAGGUGAGAAGGUGCUGGAAGAGUUGUUUGAUGAUACUCUGGCUGACCUAUCUAAUUAGGUUUUGUGAUGAGUUCUGUAAGCUUUUUCUUCCUUUCUCAUUUUUCUUGUAUAUUGGCAGUUUGACACCUAAUUAUUGCCAGCCAGGGGUCACUGGCAAUGGACAUUAACAGUUCAUAGUAUCAUACAUUUCCCCAGUUGUAAAACUUGGCAUUUUAAUUUUUAACUUACAGUUGGUAGCAUUGCUCUGGUUUUAAAUGGAAGUGCCUAGAUGUAAAA